AUGCUCUGCUGCAGUGUCCAUGCUAUCACGCGCUCCAUCACCCCCAAGAUCCCCUCCGCCGCCCCCGCGACAGCAUCCUCCUCCAACCCGACGACUCCCACCCCCACGACAUCCUCCUAUCCCAACCCCGGCAUCCCUGCGACAGGGCUGGAAACUCUCGAAUCUGAUAAAUUCCGCCUCACCUGCUUCCAGACGUUGACGGGGACGAAGUUCCUAUUGUUCACGGACCCGCUCAUGACGAAUAUCGACGUGGUCAUGAAGAAGGUCUACGAGCUUUACGCCGACUUCGUCAUGAAGAACCCGUUCUAUCAGUUGGAGAUGCCGGUGCGCUACUCCCAAAAUCAACAUCCUUCAGAAGCGUAUCGCUCCGAAUACACCUUCUAG